CUACGCCUCGAAGCCUCGCGUAGGGACCACAAUUCCCAGAGUGCUCCGCGCCCUCGCCGCCGCCGCCCCCGCCCCCGCCGAGCAACAUGGCGUCUAGAGUCGCAGCCUUCCUCAAGAACGCCUGGGCCCAGGAGCCGGUGCUGGUCGUGUCCUUCGCCAUCGGGGGCCUCGCUAUAAUAAUGCCCCCUAUCAGUCCCUACACCAAAUACUCCAGCAUGAUCAACCAGGCCACGCCCUACAACUACCCAGUGCCCGUCCGAGAUGAUGGGAACAUGCCUGAUGUGCCCAGCCACCCCCAGGAUGCCCAGGGCCCCAGCUUGGAGUGGCUGAAGAACUUGUGAGCACCUCUGUAAUGGACGGGAAGUGGGCCCCUGCCCUGUCCCCAAAUAAAAAUGUAAAAGCCAACCCCA